AUGAACCUCAUUCUCAACACCGACAGCUACAAAUACUCGCACUUUGCGCAGUAUCCGCCGGAGACGGCGGCGAUCUCGGCCUAUAUCGAAUCGCGGCGCGGCGGCGACUAUGACGUGACGCUGUUCUUCGGCCUGCAAAUGUUCCUCAAGGACUAUCUGUCCAAGCCGGUCACGCUUGCCGACGUCGAUGAAGCCGAGGCGAUGAUCACGGCGCACGGCCUGCCGUUCAACCGGCCCGGCUGGGAUCUUUUGAUCGAGCGCCAUGGCGGCUAUCUGCCGCUGAUGAUCGAGGCGCUGCCGGAAGGCUCGGUCGUUCCGGCCGGCACGCCGAUGGUCCAGGUGCGCAACACCGACCCCGAAUUUUUCUGGCUGCCGACCUUCAUCGAGACCGCGCUUUUGCGCGCGGUCUGGUAUCCGUCGACGGUGGCGACGGUAUCGUGGCAUGUGCGCCAGAUGAUCGCCGAAACGCUCGACAGGACCUGCGACGAUCCGGGGCCGAUCCUGCCGUUCCGCCUGCACGAUUUCGGCGCGCGCGGCGCAACCAGCUAUGAGCAGGCCGGCCUGGGCGGCGUCGCCCAUCUGGUCAAUUUCCUGGGCACCGAUACCGUCGCGGCGCUCGUCUAUGCGCGCAAGUUCUACGGCGAAGAGAUGGCCGGCUUUUCGAUCCCGGCCGCCGAGCAUUCGACGAUGACUUCAUGGGGCGAGGAACGCGAGGCGGCGGCCUAUGAGAACAUGGUCGAACAGUUCGGCGGUGACGGCAAGCUCGUCGCUGUGGUCUCCGACAGCUACGAUCUGUUCCGCGCGGUGCGCAACAUCUGGGGCGGCGAACUGAAGGAAAAGGUCGAGAACAUGGGCGGUACGCUGGUUGUGCGGCCCGAUUCGGGUGAUGCGACGCGCGUGCCCAUAGACACGAUCGAGAUGCUCGGCGACAUUUUCGGCUACCGCGUCAACGCCAAGGGCUACAAGGUGUUGGCCGAUUGCGUGCGCGUCAUCCAGGGCGACGGCAUCACACCGCGCACCAUCCGUGUGCUGCUCGAAGCGAUGACCGAGCGCGGCUGGUCGGCGGAAAACCUAGCCUUCGGCAUGGGCGCGGGGCUGUUGCAGAAGGUCAACCGCGACACGCUGCGCUUUGCCAUGAAGGCCAAUGCGCGGCAGGACAAGGACGGCGCCUGGCACGGCAUUGCCAAGGACCCCAAGACCGAUCCCGGAAAGGCCUCCAAGCGCUACCGGCAGGCGGUCGUCAUCGACGAUGGCGCUCCGGUGGCGAUGCCGCUCAAGGAUAUUGGCGACCGUCAGAACCUGAUGCAGCCGGUCUGGGAGAAUGGCGAGCUUAAGCGCGACUGGACCUUCGCGGAGAUCCGCGAACGAGCCAAUCCCGCGCGAAAAUAG